UCCAAAAGGCUUUGCAUGACACCUCCCAGAGCAGAGGAAAAGCUUCAGAGUCCAUCAGGGAAGUGUUACUGAUGGAAAAUCGUUGGAAGCUCAUUUCAAGAAAAGCGUUGUCUUGGCUACUAUAUAAGCCACAUAUAAGGCACUAGCUUAGUACUCCAUAUACCUCACUCCUCUUGCCAAUAAGCAUUUGUUUGCUGACUUGCAGUUAUGAAUCCAACACCUGAACUGGCUAAAACUGGCACAUUCCCUUUAAAUAGCUUAACAGCUGCUUGCGUGUAAGUAGCUGUAUCUUUCAAAACAUCUGAGUGCUAAACUACUGAUCUCCAGGAUGCAAACAGCAGAAACUGGGGGAAACCCUACUUCUAUGACAGUCUCUCCUACAACUUUCCAGCUCCUCAUCUCCCCUCCAGCUCAAGUAAUAAUUGGAAAUUUGGAGGUAGCCACCACAAGCCCAUGAAAGCUCUCAGUUGCUUCACAGCAGGUAAAGUCCAGCCCAAAACCAACCCUGGCUUCGGAGACAAACUGCUCCCUGCCCUACCUUGACUGAGUAGAAACAGCUGAGGACUCAGGUCUUUACACUCUUUCACCUUCACUUGUCUAUAUAAAGAAACACAGAGUGCUUUUGAAAUAUGGGAGAGAAAACUAAAGAAGAAAAGACGGAUGUGGUUAUGCCAUUUAGUAAGAGUACUGUUAGGGUAUGGGCUGUAAGCAAAUCCUCUCAUGCUCUGUAGAACAACCUGGUCUGAAGCAAUGCUGCUGAUCUGUUUGCUGAGAUUCAGGGCUGCAGGUGAUUCCUUCAGGAAACUUGUGGAGGACUGAGGAAUUUUCUUCAGAAAACUGGAAAAGAGCAAACAUGGUGUCCAUCUUUUAAGAAGGUGGAGAAGGAGGAGCUGGGAAAUGGUAGAGCACUAAGCCUGGCUUCAGUAUUUGAAAAAAUAUUGGAAUCACCCACUGAAGAAUCUGUUUGCAAGCACCCAGAAGACAACACAGUGUGAGCAGAUGCACAAGAAGCCAGGAGAGAGCAGAGCCAGGACAGCUGACCCAAAGCAGCCAAAGGGAUAAUCCAUACCAUAGAAUGCCAUGCUCAGUACAUAAACCGGGGGGAGCUGGCUGAGGCCAGCUGAUCGCUGCCCAGGGACUGACUGGGCAUCGGUCAGCAGGUGAUACACUAAUAAUAUGCAUACUUCGUGACAAUUACUGGGUUGGACCUUCAUCUUUAUGUGCCUCUUCUUUCCAUAAUCUGAGCUGGAAAUAAACUGUUUUUACUAAUAUGAGCAUGUUAAGCUCUGUGAGCAUUCUGUGUUCAGAUACAGUUAUUUCCAUUCUCACUCAAUGAUUCCUGUAAGUCAACCCACCUCUGACCUCCAGCACAGUACCAGCAUCCCUAUGAAAAGCAGAGGGGAGAAAUGACCAACAGCAGCAAAGAAUGCAAUUUUACUGAUAUCGACAGAUUAGCAAAGACACUGCGGCUGGGGAUCUCCAUCCCCACCUUCAUUCUUGGGCUGAUUCUCAACACUCUGGCCCUCUCCGUGUUCUGCUGCUUUUGGAAGAAACAGACGAGAACCUCAGUGUACAUGAUCAAUCUCGCACUUGCAGAUGUCUUGCUGCUUCUCUCACUCCCGCUCAAGGUGUACUACUCUAUCACAGAGGCGCCGGGACUUUUGUGCUCAUUCAUAGAGUCCCUCUAUUUUGUCAACACGUACGGCAGUAUCUUCAUCAUUGUCUGCAUUACUGUUGACAGAUAUAUCUGCAUAAGGCACCCAUUUGAAAGUCGAGUUAACCAAUCCCCCAAAUGGGCUAUCCUGAUUUGCUGCUUCAUCUGGGCAGUAGCUUGGCUCUGCAGCAGCCCAAUGUACGUGUUUCACAAGAAAGAUUAUUUAAAAUGCUUUUACAACAUGUCAGAACAGGCAUGGAGCAUCCCCCUCAUUGUUUCUGUGGAAAUCUUUGGAUUUCUGAUCCCGCUUGCAGUGAUGGUUUUCUGCUCUGCCCAAAACAUCUGGAUUCUGCUGAAUCACGAAAGCCAAGCUAAAAAGAAAGCAGACGGCAGUGGCUCUUCACGAGUCAUUAUCAACCUUGUGGUGUUUUUGGUGUGCUUCACACCCGUUCACCUUGGGAUCUGCCUACAGUGCCUGGUAAGACAGCAUGUGAUAGUGGACUGUAGUCUGAAGCAAACCAUCAGCCUCUUCAUUCAGGUGGCAAUGAUAUUAGCCAACCUGAACUGCUGCCUGGAUGCCAUCUUUUAUUACUUUGCCGCAAAAGAAUUUCGUGAGAAAACACACCUGAAAAAGGUUAUUGAACUAUGUCCUGUCUUUAAGCCUUGUGCCACAUGAUGGGACUGCCAGCAGUGGAAAAACACCUCUCCCUUGGCUCCCACUUGCCUCACAGGACACUGACAGCAUUAUUCCUGACACAGCAGUAGCAUCACUUUGGCCGUAGCAGGGAGGGUGCAGGAGGGAGAAGACCAGUGUUUUUCCAGUGAAUGUGAGUCUGUUCCAUAUUUUUCUUCCCUUUAAAGAUGAAAAGGGAAAAAAUGUUGGAAAAAAGAACCAGCAUUAGCAAAGUGACGAAGUGACAUCAAAAGAAGCAUUAGACUUGACAGUAUCUACUAAAUGUGAAAGGCUUGCCAGAGGAAAACUACCCAGAUCACUGGAAUGCCACUUAAAAUCAGCCUUUGUCAUUGCUGCACCAGUUUUCCUUUUGCCAAUGUGAUCAGAAAGCUGUUGCUAAGGGCCAAAUAUAGAAAUAACUAUUCAAAACCUUCUUUCUAACUCAGAAGAAAUCUGAGCAUUAAAAGGCAGUAUCUGGCCAAAAGUCUGACUCUGUUCUUUCCUUCUGUAAAUUUUACAAAAGGGCACUGUUGGAGCUCAUUUGCUUUGAACAGCUUUGCCAGCCCAGGAUAAUAAUGAAUCAUCACUCCUGUAAGCUUUACACACUGGUCAAGGUUGCUACCCAGGACAGCAGCCCCUGCUCUUUCAUGGAAGACAGGCUGCCCAGUGUACAACCCCAGCAGGGUAUCUUAGGUACCAGCACUUCCUUGAGCAACAAACAUUUCUGAUUAUCUUUGCUGAGGAAUCAGCAUGGUUUUCUCCUGCAAUUUUAAAACUGUUCUUGCACAUGAAAACCAGAGGAACCCCUUCAAAUACAGCAUUUAGUGAAAGAGUGUAUAUGAUGAACUGUAUUUCUAUAUAACUGUAUUUCAAUCAAAGAUAUAACAUGACACAUGUAUGAAAUUCUUCUGCCUGUCUCCACAUUCUUUCUGGGAGGAGGGGAAUUAGGGAAGCAAGCCCUGCAUCACAGAAAAAUAGAGACCACCUGUCUGAUACACUCCUCCCUCCCAGCUGGAAGACUGGACCAGCUUUGUCCACCUCAUUCUUUAGAGAAGUCUUUCUAGCCUGUGCCGUACACCUCACAAAAUGUGUCUGGGCAUGCCUCAACCUUUCUCAGGCAAAACUCCUGGUUUGUCACCAUCCUUACGCCAUUUGCAAGUUUGGUUCUGAGUCUGCACUAAAGGUUUCCUUGUUGCAAUUUAAGCCUGCCAUUUCUUGUACCAUUGUAUUGGCAUGGUUUAUGUUCUUAGCCAGAAACACUUUCACACCAGGGAAACUAUUUCUGUGCCUUUUAAAAACAGCUGUAAAAAUGGUCUAACAUUGCUUGUAAUCAAGUCUUCAUUCUGGGGCAGAUGUUCCCUUUCUUCAAAAUGCGAAAAGCAAUUAUCUUCUGUCUGGAACAAAUUAAAAAGGGGGACAGUUUUGAAAACACAAUUUGCUGUUAACUGAUUUCCAUGGAAAUAAUUGAUUGUGCAAGUGGACACCUGCACAUAUCUAAUACUUGGCCUAAUAAAGGAACACUUUAAAACUUGUUAGUACUAAAACUAUGACCACAGCUGAGGCACGCAAGGAGCUCAGAGGCAAAGAAAGGUUUUUAUCAUCAUCUUCGCCAUUAUCUGCAGAGGAGCAAGAGGAAGAGCUUUCCAAAACAGUAGGUUUUCAAAACAUUAUUUGCUACUGUCUCGAUCAUUCAGAAACUUGCACCCUUUUCGAUAUGAGUUAACCUUUCUUUUUUGCAACUUUCAUAUUACUUUGCAUAUGAAAUAUGUGUGAGAAAGAACGUGUUCUACCAAAUAAACUGUAUAUACGAAGUGUAUGAUUUGAAAAUACAUUUUAACUCCCCAAUCUGACAGCAA